GUACUUCUAAAUGUACUGAUUGCUUCUUCAGAUUUUACUCUCAGGGUUUUUGUUUAAUUUUUAAAUUUUUGUUAGUUUAUUAGUUAUAGGUGGUAGGGGUUUCAUUAUUAAAUCUCUACACAUACUCUGUAUUCCCUGUCACUUUCAUUGCCUCUCAAAAAAAGUCCCAAGCAAGUUUUAUUGUGCCAUGUUCAUAGUUGUAGAUAAUCGAUUACAAUUUAUUCUCUAGGUUUUAUAUUAAAUUUGUUCAUUUCAUAGUAAAAAUCACCAUCCAAGUUUAAAGUUCCUGGCAAAGGAACUUACCUGUUUUUGAUGAAAUUCAGAGGUAUGAGGACACUGAAGACAGAGGUUGGUACCCACCCGCAUAUUCUAUGCACCAUGGUGUGGCCAUUGUAAAAAACUGGAACCGAUUUGGAAUGAAGUUGGUCUUGAGAUGAAAAGCAUCGGCUCUCCAGUGAAAGUUGGAAAGAUGGAUGCCACUUCCUAUUCCAGCAUUGCUUCAGAGUUUGGAGUUCGAGGUUAUCCAACAAUUAAGCUAUUAAAAGGAGACUUGGCAUAUAAUUAUAGAGGGCCACGAACUAAAGAUGACAUCAUUGAGUUUGCUCACAGAGUGUCUGGGGCUCUGAUCCGACCACUUCCAAGUCAGCAAAUGUUUGAACACGUACAGAAGAGACAUCCUGUCUUUUUUGUUUAUGUAGGCGGUGAAUCACCUUUGAAAGAGAAAUAUAUAGAUGCUGCUUCAGAACUCAUUGUAUAUACGUACUUCUUUUCUGCCUCAGAAGAAGUGGUUCCUGAGUAUGUGACACUAAAAGAGAUGCCGGCUGUGCUUGUUUUCAAAGAUAAAACAUACUUUGUUUAUGAUGAAUAUGAAGAUGGCGAUCUGUCCUCAUGGAUAAGCAGGGAGCGGUUUCAGAACUACGUCACUGUGGAUGGCUUCCUCCUGUAUGAACUGGGAGACACAGGAAAGCUUGUGGCAAUUGCAGUUAUUGAUGAGAAAAAUACCUCCCUUGAACAUACCAGAUUGAAGUCAAUUAUUCAAGAAGUGGCUAGAGAUUAUAGAGACAAUUUCCAUAGAGAUUUUCAGUUUGGCCAUAUGGAUGGAAAUGACUAUAUAAAUACCUUGCUGAUGGAUGAGUUAACAGUUCCAACUGUAGUUGUGCUGAAUACUUCAAACCAACAAUACUUUUUGCUAGAUAGACAAAUCAAGGAUGCCGAAGACAUGGUCCAGUUCAUUAAUAACAUCCUGGAUGGCACAGUAGAAGCCCAAGGAGGUGAUAGCAUUUUUCAGAGAGUAAAAAGAAUAAUGUUUGAUGCCAAAUCUACUAUUGUGUCCAUAUUCAAGAGCUCACCACUUAUGGGCUGCUUUCUCUUCGGUCUGCCACUGGGUGUCAUCAGUAUCAUGUGCUAUGGAAUCUACACAGCCGACACUGAUGGAGGCUACAUAGAAGAGAGAUACGAAGUGUCCAAGAGUGAGACGGAAAGCCAGGCACAGGUAGAAGAGAGCAAAGAGCAACAGGAGCCAAGUGGUGGAGAAUCGCUACUGCCCGCCAUGCAAGAGCCCAAGAAUGUCUUAGAAAAGAAGAAAGAUUGAGACUGUGCAGCUGUGAAAAUUAUUUGAGUCUAUUUAUUAAAUUUAGAGAUUUAAUCAUGGUCUUUACAGGAAAGAACAUGGUAUUUGUAUUUUGCUAAUAUCAAUUGCAUGGGUUAAAGUAGUCCUUCCACAAAUGGAGAGCCAUUUGUAGCAAAGAGAUAAGUGGUUUAUCUAAAAAUCAGAUCACUCCAUCAGAGUUCACCUUGUGGAUGUUAUUACACAAAUCAGUUCUACUUGCAUGUUACUCUAUCUGAAUAUUCUGCAGCAAAGGUAACACUGGGCAGAGUAUUUAAGUUGGUCAAUCAGAUAGAAAAUACAUGUUGGAUAAAGAAGUCAUACCUCCCCCCUUCUAUCCAUUCUCAUAUUUUGUAUAAGAUUUAUAUAGACAAAAUUAACUAUUUAAAAUUUAGACACUUUAAGGAAAAGUAGUAACUUUUUCCAUGUAUCAAAUUAAUACAGUUGUGAGGUUAACGUGGUUUUAUAUAGCAUAGUGAUGUUGUUUAACCUAGUUAAAGGAGAGGAAAUGUUGCUUUAUAACUUUAUACUCAAUUGUGUUAUUAUACAAUUUUUAUAUGGAUCUGUAGAAUAGGGAAGAAAGAUUUGGCGACUGACCUGUGCAGAAAGCCAGGGCCCUCCCGGGUGGUCCACCAGCGCAGGCCUCAGCCCCUGCCCUGCCGGGCGCGGCUUGUGCACACGUCGGUCAGAAGGGAAUGGGCUCUCUCCAUUCUACUUUGCUUUAGUCUUAGUAGCUUAGGGUCUUUAUUUUGUUUCAUUUUUAUUGUGUGUAUUGGUGUUUCUUCUAAAAUUACUUUUGAUUUAAAAAAAAACUAUUGAAAAGUAAUAUAUAAAUUUUGUUUAAUAUAUUUAAGUUUUAUUGUGGCUUAUGGUCCAAAAUACGCACGUGUGUUUUUAUGCAUCCAUCCAUAGACGAGUUUCCGUCACACACGUGCUGUGGAGUGCUGCGGCCUGUCUCUGUCACUUAGUGACAUGGGCAGGCGAGACAGGAAGUCUCCUCCCGGGAGGGGGAGGCGGACCAGCUCCCACUGUGUGCUCAGCGCUGCCUCCCCAGGAAGCAGUGCCAUCUGUCCUCCUGAAUGAAAUCACGCAGGAAUUCUGGCCCAACCAAUGUUGAGAUACUGGUAUUCCGUAGUAAUAGUUUGGAAUGUUUAUCAUACAUUACCUUUCUGCAUUUUGACACCUUCAUUUCAUCCGUUUUUAGAGUUUUGAUUGGGUUUUUUAUUUGGGUGGUUAUUCCUUAGAAGUUAAGUUCAUUGUGAAGAUUUUAUUGAACAUUCAAAGUGUUUAAUCAUUUUUGAAGUAUGUAAUUUAUGGUCCUAACACUGAAGUUCUUAUGUAUAGGAUUUUGAUCGUGUGGGCUGCUUUUGGUUUGUUUUCAAUGUCAUGUUAAUCAGGACUGAACUGAAACUCUGGUGUCUUAAGUGCUAGGCGGUUAGAGGUCAUUUUUGGAUGUGUGUGUUCCCAUUGUGUUUUUUAAGUAUUUAAUAAUUAAAUACCAUUCUUGAUGUUUGGUUCUACCCAAUUGCUAACUUUUAAGUUAAUGAAAAUAAAUACGCAGUCACAGAGAAUUCCCUCCUAGUCUCAAGUGGAAGCUGGAGGUGAGCACUCUGUUAAUGUAACAUACAGUUUCCUCUCCAAAGUGUCAGGCAAGAUUGUGUGAGAAGGUAAGCAUCAGGUUCCCAGGUGGUAAGCCACAUGAGAAAAGAGUCAUAGAUCAGAAUGGAUCAUUCUGCAGUAUGUCACUGCUGAUGUUAGUCUGCCUCCUUUAUCUCGUCACUUGUCUGUCAUCACUUGUAAAGUGGACUUCAGUAGGAAAAAACAGUGAAGCUCCAUGCAGAUCAGUAAAUAAAAGACAGCCAGCCUCCUCUGGAUAGAGGGAGGCUUCCCACAGCGCUCUACUGAUCCUCCUCUGCCCUUUGCACUUCAAGAUGUGUUUACUGGGAAACAAAAGGUGUAGGUGGUUUGUGAGUCAUUUUAUUUUCGUAUUAAAAUAUUGCUUUUCACUUGUUUCUUUUUGGGGUUCAUUUGGUCUACCUUCUCAAGAUUGCUCACAAAACGUGUCUUAGAAUCUGUUCCCUGGUGUGCUUUUCCUCUGCUUUGAUAUUAGAACUUUCAGCACUGUUUCCAGUUAUAGAUAAAUUAUCUCAAGAUAAAAGCAGACUCGUAGAAGGUUACUGGUAUCCUUCUAGCUCAGUAAUGAGCCAAUCAUAGGAGGGUAGGCCGACCCUAGCAUCCUUCAGGGAGUUGCAGGUCCCUCUCCUCCCUCAGCGGCAACAGCGUCCUCGUGCUCAUUUCUGAAGUUUGGAACUGUAGCUCCUUGCUUCCGCCUCUGGUGCUCCGCCAGCAUGGAAGGCUGUCUCAGAGAAGGUGAGUGAUGUCAAGGGCUUUGUACCCCCGUUAGAGCCUGCCGUGCCCUGCUGUACACACCAACGUCGUACCCUGCACCCAAGUGAUUGUGAGAGCUGGAGUUUUCCUUUCUUCCCCGUACACAGUGCUUCUCAGUAUCUAGUUUAGAAACAGCACUAACGCGCCCCGUGUUGAGAGGCUGGGGAGGGGUCUGAAGAGUAAAACAAUCUGCUCUACGUUCUGUUCCGUGAGUUAUGCCUCCAAUGAUGUUCUUUGUGUUUGGGUUGGGGUGCUUUUCUGACUUUCGUUACGCAUAAAGUCGCUUGCCUGCGUUGUAGCCUUGCUUCUUGGAACAUGGGGAGAUAGGACAGGGAGAAAAGUUGCUUAAGCUAUUAUUGUGUAGAAAUUGCUCAAAUAGACCAGUGUAUGAUGUUGACUAACCAAUUAAUUGGAGAGAUUAGAGUUGUCAUUUUAUUUUUACAUAUAUAUAAUUAUUUUUCUGAAUGUGAGCGUAAGAGUGAGCAAAAAAUAAUUUUCUACUUUAGACUAAUAAUGUAUAAAAGGUUUUUGAAAGUGUGUUCCAACUAACUUGUUGAACUCAUGAUGCCCUGCCAUAUGGCACCAGUUGUCAACCUUUUUGUAAAAUAAAUUAACUAAAAACAUAA